AUGCCGCGCCGUGGCCCGCACGCACCGUCCGCGGCUUUUCCCUCUGGCGACGGCGCCUCAGUCUCGACGGCGAGGAUCCCGCAGCUCUUGCCGUCGUAUACGCCGCAGCAGAGGGCCCGCGGCCAGCAGCCGGUGACGCCUGGGUCGGACGAGGACGACGAGGAGGACGAGGAGGACGAUCCCGUCGAGGAAGAUUCAGCCGUCGAGGACGAUCCCGUCGAGGACGAUUCAGCCGUCGAAGGCCAGAGCUACGAGGGUGUGUCUCGUAUCGUUGUACUGUGUACCGUCCAAGAGCAAACGCUAACUCCUUACAAAGAUAUAGAAGACAUAGAAGACAUAGAGAGACACGCUUCAGCCCCCGUUCCGCCCAACCUGCGCGAGAUCUCGUCGCUCGCGUCAUGGACCGUCUCGACAUACAAACCCGGCAGCGGUGUGGCCGCCCUCCGCAACCCGUCUCCCAACCAGUUCUGGCAGUCCGACGGGCCCCAGCCGCACACCCUCGCCCUGCACUUCUUCAAGCGUGUCUCCAUCGUCCGGAUACGCGUCUACCUCGACUUUGAGCUGGACGAGAGCUACACGCCUACCAAGAUGGUCUUCCUGGCCGGCAUGGGCGGCAACGACCUCGUGGAAUUCGCCACAUGGCAGGGGGAGACGCCCUGCGGAUGGGUCGACAUCAGCCUGGACGGGGUCGGAGGCAGACACCAGAGAGCCAGUCGGCCCGCCCGGACGGAGAGACGACGAACCAGGAAACCUGCCCUGUCCGACGGGUCGGAGUCCGACGAUGAAACCGACAGCGACGGCCCUGCGUACGACGGGCCCGAGGACGGGGACGAUCCGUCGGACGGUAACGUCUUGAAGCUGAUGGUCCUGCAGGUAAAGGUGUGCGAGAACCACCAGAACGGGAAGGAUACGCAUGUCCGCGGGUUCCAGGUGUUUGCUCGAGACGACAGGUACUACGCCCGCAUGGGCAGGGCGGAUAACGGCCAGAAGCUGCUCCACCACGAUCUUGGGGCCGGCAUGCUACACUCCGACGAUGGCGAGCAGGAGCCCGACAGCGCUCCAAGGUUCGACGAGGAGGACUGGAUGAUGGAGCCAGAGCUGAGAUGA